UUCUGAAGGGCCCCUGCCGCCAUCACUUUUGGCAGCAAGAUAUCACGUUUCAAUCCUGCUGGGAAUGAUAUAGUGCAUCUUCAGUUGUGGCAGUGAGAAUGGAAUCAUGACGGGGUGUUUUGGGAGCUAAAUGUGUAGGAGGCAGGCUGGGUUGGUAAGGGAUGGAAGGCACUGGUCGAGUGGCCACACACACCACCCUCGGUAAACGGGGUGUCUUAGGCCCACCCCAGCACCCUUCCGUGCCUGCACCCGAAGCCUCAUGGCGUUGGGCAGCAAAGGCUGAAUUGGCUGCACCUGAAGAGAAAAGCCGAGGUCAAUUUGUGGCCAAGACCUUAGAUGAAAUGAUGCAGAAGCCACGAGAAAGCAGAGACCACACAGUAGAAAGAGGAUAUACAAAGUAGAGAGAAAAGGCAGGUGUGAGAGGAGCCCAGUGCAGACAGAGCAGAGGCAGGAGGGGCAGGUCCCCAGGGCUGCCUUGGCCUCUGACAUUGGUCCAUGUUGCCCCCGUCUAUGUGGAAACCUACAGGAAACCUAGCUGGUGGAUCUGACUCUUGCAAUGCAAAGAAGCUAAGUGACACGGGACCCUACCUACAGCCUCCAUGGUUUCUGCUUUUCACCCUGUGAGGUCUCUCCCUCCUCCUUGGGGCCAUGGCUUAUUCAUCUGUUUAAUCAGAGCAUCUGGCCCUGUGUAGGGAACCUUGUAGGUGCCUAUUAAUGUUUAAAUAAAUAUCUGUAUUUAUCACAAUAAGCCUUGGCCCAGCCCUCACCGAGAGGCUGUGGAAUAAGCAGCAGCACAGAUUUUAGAUUCAGUACCCGUAUCAGCCAUGUGCAGGGAGGUGAGCUGGGCCAAGGAGAUUCUUUCUGGGCGUCUGAGGUGGAAAACAAGCAAUGAAAAGGCAGUUAACAGUGGGAGCCAAGGCUUCAAGGACAUGUGGCGAAAUGGACAAGCUGUGUGGACAUUCAGUGUUCUUGCUUGUAACAGGGGGGCGGUUAUGAAGGAGCUCAGAAGUAGAAGAAGGAGAUCCCAAAAUGGUGGACAUGAAAGGGUUUUGUGACCUGUAAAACGAACACAGGUAUCCAUGAUCAGUAAAGCUGAUUAUAGGGAGUUCUCCAGUGGCCUAGCGGUUAGGAUUCCAGGCUUUCACUGCCGUUGGCGAACUGAGAUCUCGCAAGCCGCGAGGCAUGGCCAGAAAAAGAAAAAAGAAAGAAAGAAAGAAGAAAAAGCUGAUUAUAAUUCUCAUGCGUUUUUUGGUUUUUGUUUCUUGUUUUUUUUUUUUCAGUGUAAAUAUCAUCAGGUAUAAUCUCUAUGCUUUUUUUAAAAAUUUUUAUCAGAGUAUAGUUGAUUUACAAUGUUGUGUUAGUUUCAGGUGUACAGCAAAGUGAAUCAGUUAUACAUAUACAUAUAUCCACUCUUUUUAAGAUUCUUUUCCCAUAUAGGUCAUUACAGAGUACUGAGUAGAGUUCCCUGUGCUCUACAGGAGGUCCUUAUUAGUAAGUCUCAUGCAUUGUUGCCAAUCUACUUGUGUGACUGUAAUAGGGAGAAGAAACUUUGUAUUCUCUUACAAGUUAGUCACUAAACGAAUGUUGCCUAUAAGCUUAAAUUACACAUAAUGGCCCAUCUCUGGGAACCCUGCCUCCCAGGUAAUGAGCAUGAAGCUAAAAUACCUUUGUUUAGCUCACAAGGAAACUGCCUGACCAGGCCCACCUGUGAAUAGCUGCAGCAAGGAAGAAAUCCCUUCUGGAGUCUGGCCAGAACCAGGACUUUACCCCCUCCUCUUUUAGUAUAAAAGAACGCUGAAUUCUAACGCAGGGAAGAUGGUUCACUGGGACGCUAGUCCCCCAUCUUCUCAGUCUGCCGGCUUUCUGAAUAAAGUCACGAUUCCCUGCCCCAGCUACUUGUUACUCGAUCUGUUGGCCUGUCGUAUGGCAAGCAGUAUAAGCCAGCCGGGGCUCUUGCUGCUCGUGGCCGGCCAGCUCUGCUUGGGGAAUUUUGGGGUAAGGCCCUAGCAGCUGUUGGGACCGCUUGUCCUGAGGAUAUUCCUUUUAAAGUUCCCUGAAGCUGCACUGGCUGCCCCAGCUCUUGGCAGCUGGAACAAAGGAAUCAACAUCUGGGAGCCGGCAGGCUCCACACAGGAGGCACCCUGGCCUGCCCCCGUCGGAGCCUGCCAAAGCUCAGAAUAACCCCGGGGACCAGACAGUGGGAUGGCAGGGACUCUGCUCAGCGCCCUGCUCCUCUUGCAGCUCCUCGGCGGAGGUGAAGGGAAGAACGAGGAGCUGCGUCUUUACCACCACCUCUUCGACAACUACGACCCAGGACGCCGGCCAGUGCAGAAACCUGGGGACACCGUCACCAUCACCCUCAAAGUCACCCUGACCAACCUCAUCUCACUGAAUGAGAAAGAGGAGACCCUCACCACCAACGUCUGGAUUGGAAUCGACUGGCAUGAUUACCGACUCAACUACAGCAAGGGCGAUUUUGGGGGCAUAGAAACCCUGCGGGUCCCUUCAGAACUCGUAUGGCUGCCAGAGAUUGUGCUGGAAAACAAUAUCGACGGCCAGUUCGGUGUGGCCUAUGAAGCCAACGUGCUGGUCUCGGAGGGCGGCUACGUGAGCUGGCUGCCCCCGGCCAUCUACCGCAGUAUCUGCGCCGUGGAGGUCACCUACUUCCCUUUCGACUGGCAGAACUGCUCGCUUGUUUUCCGCUCGCAGACGUACAGUGCAGAAGAGGUGGAGCUCGCCUUUGCUGUGGACGACGAUGGCGACACCAUCAGCAAUAUAGAUAUCGACACUGAGGCCUAUACUGAGAACGGUGAGUGGGCCAUCAACUUCUGCCCCGGGGUGAUCCGCCGCCACGACGGUGGCUCUGCUGAUGGUCCAGGGGACACCGAAGUCAUCUACACGCUCAUCAUUCGCCGGAAGCCGCUCUUCUACGUUAUUAACAUCAUCGUGCCUUGCGUGCUCAUCUCGGGCCUAGUGCUGCUCGCCUAUUUCCUGCCGGCACAGGCCGGCGGCCAGAAAUGCACCGUCUCCAUCAACGUCCUGCUCGCCCAGACCGUCUUCUUGUUCCUAAUUGCCCAGAAAAUCCCAGAGACAUCUCUGAGCGUGCCGCUGCUGGGCAGGUACCUCAUUUUCGUCAUGGUGGUUGCCACACUCAUUGUCAUGAAUUGCGUUAUCGUGCUCAACGUGUCUUGUCGGACGCCCACCACUCACGCCAUGUCCCCGCGGCUGCGCCACGUCUUACUGGAGCUGCUGCCCCAACUCCUGGGCUCGGGUGCACCCCCCGAGGUCCCCCGGGCCACCUCGCCCCCAAGGCGGGCGUCGUCCUUGGGCCUACUGCUCCGCGCGGAGGAGCUGAUACUGAAAAAGCCGAGGAGCGAGCUCAUGUUUGAGGGGCAGAGGCACCGGCACGGGACCUGGACUGCUGCCCUCUGCCAGAGCCUGGGCGCCGCCGCCCCCGAGAUCCGCUGCUGUGUGGAUGCCGUGAACUUCCUGGCCGAGAGCACGCGAGACCAGGAGGCCACCGGCAAGGAGGUGUCCGACUGGGUGCGCAUGGGGAAGGCCCUUGACAACAUCUGCUUCUGGGCCGCUCUGGUGCUCUUCCUUAUCGGCUCCAGCCUCAUCUUCCUUGGGGCCUACUUCAACCAAGUGCCCGAACUGCCCUACCCGCCCUGUAUGUAGGCAUGAGCCUGCAGCCAUGGUGACAAACGUUCCCAUCCAUCUCCAGGAGGAAAUCUGAAAAACAAGUUGCUCCCAUUGCUUUAUUAUGAUUCUUUCGUACUGCCAAUGAUAAAUCUGUAUUUAGCUUC